GCGGACGGUCACAAUAGUCAGUCGGUCAGAGCGGGACGUGAGUUGACGCGUCGUGUUCCGUUGUCGUUAGGGAAGAACAUCUCACCGUCAAAGAAAAAAACUUCUAUCACCCUUCCAUUAAGGUUGGGCGUGUCGUGUUUUCGUUGAUAUAGCAUUUAUUCCCCAGUAAUUGCUAGCUAGCACUUGCCUCGGGGAACUUCCCUCACAUGAUCGACGACCUGGUGGGUUACUCACCAUCCGAAUUUGAGGCUUUUGAGUUAAAAUUGCGGUAGGCGCGUGUGCGGAAAACGACCACGAGACCAAUUCACAGUUCAGUAGGUAGGUGGAGCUAGUGACCACAGUGCGAGUCCCUGUGAUGACGGCUCUCAGUGUCUCCACAACCCCUGCUUCAUGAUGUCGGUGUAUCAGCGCCUCGCUCUAUCAUUCUCCUGCCUUCUACUACUGCGGGCCAGCGGCGCCCUGGAAGUAGUGAGCACUAGUGCUGGAAGUGGCAUCAUGAGCACUAGUGACACGGGGCAAGUGCCCAUAGAAGGCUUUAUGGAGGAAAUCCGCCAGGCUAUGACCAGCCAAUGGGAAAUCCUGCAGAAUAUUCGCUACCAUACGCUGGUGACGAAGGUGCGUGUGACGCAGCUUGAGGCGCAGGUCAAGAAUCUGGCAGCUAAAAACGUCAGCGUCAGCGAACCAGUCUUGCAUACCUUCGGCUCCGACACCACUAAGCCGGGCUUCUACUCCACCAUGGGGGAGACUAAGCCCUGCGAGGGCGCGGGCCCCGACGCUGACGGAGGGGUGUCGCUGCUGGUGGAGGCCAUGAAAGAGCUCUCUGCCAACUACAACAGGCUGCUCAACUCUUCGGUCUUGUCCAGCAACGGCGCCAUCACCUUCGAGGAGGACUUCGACAAGCUGGCGGAAAUCGCUAACCGCAUUAAAGACUUGUCUGGGGACACAGCGACGGCUCCUUCGCCAGGAAACGGAGAGAUUGACGUCGGUGUGACUGCCAUAGCUUCCGGUGUGAAGAUCGAGACGAGGCCAGCAAGCGGUGUGGAGGAUGUGAGGCGUCCGACGGAGGAAGCAGCAGCAGCGGCCGCGGGUCCGAGCAUCGCCGUGAGCUCCAGUCCCAACGUGACCGUCCGAGUGGGGGACACAGCCACCCUCACCUGCCAUGUCAACAAUCUUGGAGACACCAGUGUGUCUUGGGUUCGCAGCGAGGACGGGAGCUUCGUGGCCAUCGGCUCCUACGUGUUCUUCCCAAGCAGCCGCUUCCAGGUGGUGACGCAGGUGGGGAGUAAGGACCACCAUCUGAGGAUCCUCCAGGUGAAGGAAGAGGACCAGGGCGCCUACGAGUGUCAGGUGUCUGGGGAACCGCUCAUCAUCCACACUAUCUGGCUCACUGUCAAAGGUAUGGAUGAUGAUGAUGAGGAGGAAGCAGAUACCGAGAGUCCAAGCAUCGUGAGCAGCCCCAACGUGACUGUUCAGGUCGGAGAGACAGCCACCCUCACCUGUCGGGUCCACCACCUUGGAGACCAGGCAGUAACGUGGAUCCGGACGAGUGAUGAACAUAUACUGGCCAUCGGAGAAGUUAUCUUCUCCAGGGACUCCCGCCUUCAGGUGACGCACGACAGGCAGUCCGGUGACUGGCUCCUGAGGAUAGAAGACGUAGCCGAAGGUGACGAGGGACCUUACGAGUGCACCGCGUCCUCCGCUGUUCCGGCCUCAGUCACUAUCUGGCUCAACGUAGAGACAGGUGUGGAGGAGGCAGAAGGCGUGAGUCCGAGCAUCGUGGAGACCUCUAAUCCCAACGUGACGGCCAGGGCGGGAGAAACAGCCACUCUGAGCUGUCCUGCCAGUAAUCUUGGAGACGCCGCCGUAUUCUGGUACCGCGACAAGGACCUGAAUCUGUUAACAGGUGGACCAGUCACUUACGCCAUAGACGAUCGUUUCAAAGCCAUGAAGGACGAAGGCGCCGACGACUGGACGCUGCAGAUAACGAGACUUCGUGUCUCUGACGCAGGCUGGUACGAGUGUGUUGUAGUCUACCCGUCUCCUGUCAAACACAGAGUCUAUCUCACAGUUGAAGAGUCGUCGACCACCACCAGCAGAGAGGCGAGGCUACUGACGGAGGACCCCACCAGAAUCGGGCCGAGGAUACUGCCCAGCAUCGGGCCGAGGAUACUGCCCAUCAUGGUGACCAGGAUACUGACGGAGGCCAGCAGUAGUAACGUCACAGUUCUGGAGGGCGACAGUACCUCCCUCACCUGUCGGGUUCAGAACCUAGGCACAAACACGGUUACAUGGAGUCGCAGGAAAGAUUUACACAUCCUGACGGCGGGGCAGUACACGUUCACACCAGACGACCGCUUCUCAGCAUUUCAUGAAGGAGAGGACUGGAGGCUACAGAUCUCGACCGUGAACAAGAGUGACGAGGGAGAGUAUGAAUGUUUGGUCUCUACCAGUUCGCCCAUCACACGGAUAUUCUUUCUCAAGGUCGUCGCAGAGCUGCAAGCUGCCGCAAGAAAGCCAAUGGUGGUAGACAGCAACGAGGACGUCACUGUUUUCAAGGGUGAAACUGCAACCCUUUCUUGUCCCUUCCCAGACCACAACACGCAUACUACAACAUGGGUACGCAUUGCGGACAUGCGGGUGCUGGAGGGGCCUGUGAUCACCUCAGACGAGCACUUCACCCUCCAGCAGGACCAAGGCGGGUACUCAAGUCUCAAAAUCCUUGCCGUGACGGAACUAGAUGAGGGAGUUUACCAGUGCAAAGUCUCCACCAACCCGCCCAACACACGGCUGUUUCAUCUCAGUGUCCAAGAUCCCCUAUGGCCCAUAAUGGAGGAGGUACCGACAGACGUUCAUACUGUGGCGGGGAAGACAGUGACCUUGACUUGUCGUGUCUCAAGUCAAAUCCAACCCAUCAUCACCUGGAAGAAAAAUGGCCUUCAAUUGACCUAUGGCCGCCACCAGGUGACCCGGGAUGGAGACCUGUUGAUCAGGGAUGUGAGAUUUAGUGACGAGGGUCGCUAUCUCUGUAACGCCACCAACCGUCACGGCAGCGUGGAGAGUGGCGCCAACCUCAGGGUUGAAAUGGCCACCAAGAUUAUUAAGGCGCCAAAAGAUCGUCAUCGAAUGAAGGGGGAAUCGGCUGUCUUCAGGUGUAAAGCAGUGGCCGACAGUGACCUGGUGUUGAGUGUUGAGUGGCUGGUUAAUGGAGAAGUGGUCGACUACGACAAGAACCCCAGAUUGAUGCGACGGCCCAAGAACGCCCUGAUGGUGAGUCCGGUGACCGAGGAAGAUGCCGGGGUGUACACCUGCCUGGCCUCCACGUCCCUGGAUAGUGUCACCGCCAACGCCACCCUCACUGUCAAAGGCUCAGAGAGACAUUCUAAGGUUCCGACAGGUUCCAGAGUGCUUACCCCAUCCGAGGAAGACCCUUGUCCCCUUCCUUACCAGAUGCUUAAAGAUGACAACACCCUCUGUGUCCUUCUGGUAACUGACCGAAAGCUGAGUUGGAGAGAGGCCUCUCAAUACUGCAGGGACGGAGGCGGUGAACUGGCCUGGGAGGCUGAGAAUGUCUUACUGAGAAUCUUUCUGGAUGAGCUUCACGGCCUCGCUGCAAAAUCCUGGACUCAAUGGCCCUUCUGGGUGGGUGGCAGAGAGAACAAAGAAAAUAUAAGUGACACUGUCCCCAAAGGUGGUGGUGUAAGCAAUACUGGAACUAGAAACAAAGGUGGCGGCACAGGUGGUAAGGGAGGUGGCAGUAGCAGUAGCAGCGUGUGGCGGUGGGUGGACGGAACUAGGGUGCCCUCGACGGAUGUGUGGGCGCGCGGACAGCCCCGUCAAUAUGGGCGUGUGAUGGCCCCUGAUGGUGUAUGUAUGGUGUUGGAUGGGUACUUCGGGUACCGCGCUAGUGCCCUACCUUGUCACCUCAGGAGGAGGUUCCUGUGUCGUCGCAUCGUCCAAUGAAUAUCUUCCUCCUUGUGCUCGAAUACAAGUGCUCUCAACCUUAUGUUCUCCAACUUGCGUUCAGUCUUUCCCCCUCAUAAUAUGCCUAUGUAUACAUAUUUUAUAUCAUAAUAAAUGCAUAUACUCUGGCAUGAUAUUUAAAAAUAUAAAAAAAUAGGAAAAUAAAUUAUUAUUAUUG